AUGAAAAACUUAUUGAAAGUGUUAAAAAAGUUUCCGUGCAUUUGGAACACAUCUUCAGAUUUUUACAAAUGCAAUGAAACAAAAGACGCUGCGUGGGACCAAAUAAUCGUCGAAACAAACAUAUCAGAUGUUAAAACUGCCAAGUCGCGAUGGAAACAACUAAGAGAUAACCAUCGGGAUGCCUUAAAAAGACAAAAUGCAACAAGGAGUGGACAGGCUAGAAAACAACGAAAGGAAUGGAAAUAUCAGAAAGCAAUGUCAUUUUUAUUGCCUUACAUGAGUAAUAGAGAACGGCCAACAAAUUUUGCGCCACUGAACGACUCAGUAAUGGAAACUUCAAAUUCGCCAAAUACCAUUGAAGAGAGUUCAAGGGAAUUAUGCAGUCUUUUACCAUCAAAUUCAAAUAAUCUUCCUUCUAUCGAUGAUCCUAAUGAUUCAACAGCUUCUGGGCCUCACCCAUCCACAUCCAAAAAAAGAAAAAACGAUGAAAUUCUGGAUCUUUUAAAAAAAAAUCAGGAACGCCGCGAACUGUUGGCACGAGAACGGAUAGAAGUUAAAAACAUGAUGUUAGCUAGUGAUAAGUACGAUGAUAUAGACUUAUUUUUUUUAAAUUUGGCUGCAUCGACAAAAAAACUACCGUAUUACUUACAACUUCAAAUUAAAAAAACCUGCUUUAAUGCGGUAAUGUCAGCUGAAGAAAGUAAUCUUCAGCAUAGUUGGUAUUCUCCGAAUAAUUAUGGUUAUUCUACAGGCUCAACACCUACACCAGAUAAUAUCAAUACUAGUAUCGAUACUCCUAGUGCUCCAAAUGAUAUCAACACUAGUAUUUUUAAUAUUCGUAGUGCUCUAGAUAUUAUCAACACUAGUAUAAAUAAUCCUAGCGCUUUACAAAUUCAAACAACCCAGGAUAUUGAAACAUCUGCAGCAGAGCCAACAGGACCCAAUGAAAAUGCGGACAAGUUAUAA